GGAGGAGCUCAUGAAGGACCUAACUACAGCGUCGAGCCGACAAGCUUGCCCGGCUACGCCCUCUCUGCCCUCGCACUAUGCCUCCACCUCGGGUAGUGGCAGCGACAUUCCAUCCAAUCCAGCUGGCUCUGCUCCCAGCGUACCGGCUGCGGCAGCUGCUGCCAAUAUGCCGUAUCCUAACCAGGUACAUGGCAUGCCAGCCCAGCCAGGAGUUCCAUAUCCAGCGUAUGUUCCGCCACCGAUGCCCCAGAGCUUCAAUCCAUACGCCACGCUCCCAUAUCCUGGCAAUUGUCAGUAUAGCCCCCCGCUAUCCACAAGGACCACCACCUGGGCACUAUGGCACCUAUCCUGGCAGUUAUGCUCCCCAACAGCAAGGCGGCUAUCCCAACCAGAAGCCACCAGGAUGGUAAACCGCAUCCCACCCGUAUUUAUACCCACACUGUGGUUUAACCAAGGCCUCUUCGUUGAGUUCCGGAUCGUAGAGAAGCGGCGAU